AGAUUGCAUGAACAUGUUAACCCAUUGAAGACAAAAUUGGAGAGAAUGGAAUCAAAAUCCAAAGUUUCUUCGAACCGAAGAAAUUGGAAGUGUAAGAUUCAUAUUGAUAGAUUAUGGCUAUAUAUCAUGUAUCUUCUCCUUAUAAUCUGGACAGGAUAUCUUUGUCAAGCUGUACAUCAAGACUCGGACAUCUAUGCAUCAUAUACAACUUACAACGAGACAAUCAAUUUUACUCAUAUGGCAAUAGAUCCACAAACUGGAAGAAUAUACGUCGGAGCCACAAAUUGGCUCUAUCAAUUUAAUUCAAGCCUAGAAUUGGAAGCAUCUGUACAGACUGGACCAGUGAUGGACAACAUCCAAUGUUUUCCCACAGACUGUAGCGGACAGCAGCUAUUUUCUUUAACUAACGUCAACAAGGUACUAGUCAUCGACCAAGAGGUCAGAAUGUUAUUGGUUUGUGGAAGUGUUCAUCAAGGUGCUUGCCGAAGACAUCAUCUCGAAGAUAUUUCGAAUUACGAGGACCUAGUGCCCGUUCCUGUAUCAUCCAACGAUGAAAAUUCCUCAACAUUUGCCUUCAUAGGACCUGCUCGAUACGCCGGAUAUCCAUCGAGAGUUCUAUACGUGGCUACUACCAAUAGUCGUUUAGGACCAUAUCGUGAUAUGGUCCCAGCAAUUUGCAGUCGAAGUCUUGAUCCGGCUCGUCUUUUUACAGUGGUAGAGAAAUCUUUCUCUUCAAUCGCUCGAGUUGAUAUAAGCUUUCAUCUACGUGAUUACUAUCUGGUGCAUUAUGUCUAUGGCUUUAGCUCUGGUGAUUUUAUAUACUUUGCAACAACUCAACGUAAAUCACAUCUGAGAGCUUUGGAGGAAUGGGGUUACAUUACCCGUUUGUCGAGAGUUUGUAUAUCAGAUGCGGGUUACAACACUUAUACUGAAGUGACCUUGCAGUGCCUAGGAUCUGAUGGAACAGACUAUAAUCUGUUGCAAGAUGCUAGUUUGGUGCGUGCCGGGGCCGAUCUUGCUGCUGAUUUACAUAUAGAACCAGGAGUCGAUGUUCUCGUUGGUGUAUUUGCUGUCAGUAAAGAUCAUACAUAUCGUACGUCUCCUAAUUCUGCCAUGUGUGUUUAUGCUGUAGCUGAAGUAGAACAAAGAUUCACUGAAAACAUCCACAUGUGCUACAAUGGCAGUGUUCUAACUCGAGAUAUGGAUUACAUAGCCGGUGGAAUCAAUCAAUGUCCCGAACCUGGAAAAGCUGGAAAUGUUCUUAAUUUUUGCAAUGAGACAGUGAAAUUGAAUGGUUCUGUUCCUAUUACUGCAUUGGCAGCUAUAACAUUUCAAAAUGUCACAUUAACAUCAGUUGCUCUAGCAACAACUGGACAGCAUACUGUUGCAUUUCUUGGAACUGCAAAUGGAUCUGUAAAAAAGUUAUUAAUUACAAAAAGUACAGAAGCAGAAGAAUUUGAAGAAUCUAUUGUUGAUCAAGGAAAUCCUAUACUAACUAAUAUGUUUUUAGAUCCAUCUCAGCAAGCACUUUAUGCUGCAUCUCCUUAUAAGAUAAGUAAAGUAAGAGUGGAAGCUUGUCAUCAUUUUGUUAGUUGUGAUCAAUGCCUUCAAGCAAGAAAUCCUUAUUGUGGUUGGUGUUCAUUAGAAAAACGAGACCAUUCUUUAAUUCCUAUAUGGAAAUCACUCAAUCUGAGAUGCCAGGGUAGAUUAGAAGCAUCAGCAGUAUGGGUGUCAGUCAUGGUUGAAUUAGUAAUUAAUCAGUUGCCUCAGCUUCCUUAUGGUGCACAUUACCUUUGUGUUUUUGGAGAUAGUGCCCCAAUUCAAGCUCGUGUAACUCAUAGUGGAUUAGCUUGUAUGACACCAUUAGUUACUGCAAGACCUAGUAUUCCUUCAAUUGAAGAGAUACCAAGUUUGAACAAAUGGUCAUACAAAAGAAGAACAAUUAAAAAUCCAUUGGUUGAAUUAGUAAUUAAUCAGUUGCCUCAGCUUCCUUAUGGUGCACAUUACCUUUGUGUUUUUGGAGAUAGUGCCCCAAUUCAAGCUCGUGUAACUCAUAGUGGAUUAGCUUGUAUGACACCAUUAGUUACUGCAAGACCUAGUAUUCCUUCAAUUGAAGAUCAUGUUAUUGUAAAUCUUGCUGUUAGAUCAAGUGAAACAGAAACAGAUUUCAUUCAUCGCCCAUUUGUAUAUUAUGAUUGUGCUGUUCAUAAAACCUGUAAAGCAUGUGUAACAAGUACCUGGGCGUGUAGUUGGUGUAUGCAUGAAAAUAUGUGUACCAAUAAUGCUUCCUCAUGUUCACGAAGAGUAAUAAUUGGUGAAAGUGAAGGAUUUCAGUGUGUUGUUGAAAUUGAAGGAGCAAAAGAAAGAGUAUUUGCCAGAAUUCGUGAUAAUACUGUCUUUUGUGCAGAAAAUGUAUAUACAUAUCAAGCAGAAAUUGGAGAAUUACAGGCAUCAUUAACUGUUUUAUGGAAUGGUGAUACAUUUAUAGAUAGAACAAAUGUUACUCUAUAUAAAUGCCAUCUUUUGGGGAGUCAUAGUGGUCGUGCAGAUUGUUCACUUUGUCAAACAAGAGAUCGUAAAUAUCAGUGUGCUUGGUGUGGUAAUACAUGCAUGUAUAGUGAAUCUUGUAUGGAACCAGUUGCCACAAAUUGUCCUCCACCUCAUAUUGACUGGAUUCAUCCUUUAAGUGGACCUGUUGAUGGAGGAACAUUAGUUGCUAUAGAAGGGAGUAAUCUAGGAUCCAGUGAAGAAGAAAUACAGGAUAAAGUAACAAUUGGGGGAAUUCCAUGUAUUCCAAUUGAAUAUAGUAUUUCUGUUAGAGUUGUGUGCAAAACAGGUACAAGUGGAAAUGGUCCAAUGUUAGCUGCAGUGAUCGUUGGAAAUCGUGCAGGUGUAACUCGUGCUCAAGAGAAAUUUCAUUACAAGACUGUGGAACUAAAAGCUGUUUAUCCUAAUAUUGGUCCUCAGUCAGGAGGAACGCGUUUGUAUCUUAGAGGUGCAAGUUUAAAUAUUGGAAGUCAAGUGGAAGUGUUGUUAGAUGACCUUCCAUGCAGAGUUGAAAGAUCACUUGCAAGCAGUAGUCAAAUCAGCUGUCGAACAACUCGAUCUCCUGUGCCUUCUUAUCAAGUUUCACAAUUAUUGCUAAGAAUUGAUGGUGCUAAUUUGACAUAUUCAGAGCCUUUUACUUAUACUGCUGAUCCAACAAUUCGUUAUAUUCAUCCACUGAAAAGCUUUAUUAGUGGUGGUCGACCAAUAAAAGUAUUAGGAACCAAUUUAACUUCAAUUCAACAACCAAGAAUGGUCGUUUUUAAUGAACAUAGUGUAGUUAAUGAAACAGCUUGCCAUGUUAUAAAUAUGUCAACAAUGAUUUGUCCCUCACCAGCUGUUAGAGCUGAAGCUUAUAGAGUUCGAAAUAAGCAGAAGUUUGAAUAUGAUGAAUUGAGAUUGAGAAUAGGUUUUGUCAUGGAUGAUGUUCAACCUGUUCGUGAACUUCAGCAUUAUUUUCCAACCUUGCCUGAUGAACUUAUAUAUGUAACAGAUCCAAAAUUAUUUCCACUUAGUAAAAAUGGCAUUAAAUUGUACAAGGGAGAAUCUUUGGUUAUUGAAGGAGAUAAUCUAUGUCUUGCUAGCACUGAAUCAGAAGUUAAUGUAACAAUCGGGACUCGGCCUUGUAAUUUAACAUCACUUAGCAUGACGCAACUUGUUUGUCUUCCACCAGAAAUUCAGCCUCCUGGAACAGAUGAAAUUGGAAGAAGAACAAGUAAUAAUUUACCUUCUGUUGUUGUGCGUAUAGGAAGUAAUCUUCGUUAUGAAGUUGGCUAUUUGAGAUAUGAAGUAACAAAAACUUAUGAAUUUCCACCAAUAGCCAUAGGUGGAAUUGCAGCUGGAGGAGCUCUUCUGAUGAUUUUAACUUUAAUUAUUUUGGCAGUAUUGCGACAUAAAAGUUCUCAGGCUGAAAGAGAAUAUAAAAGAAUUCAAUUGCAAAUGGACACACUAGAAAAUAGUGUUAGAUCUGAAUGCAAACAAGCUUUUGCUGAACUUCAGACAGACAUGUCAGAUUUGAACAAUGAUUUACAAACAACUGGUAUUCCAACUUUGGAUCAUCGUAGUUAUAUAAUGAAAGUAUUUUUUCCUGGAGUGACUGACAAUCCCAUUAUUCAAGAAUUCAAGCAAUUAAAUGGACCAAGAAAUAAUUAUGAAGUUGCCAUGGCUCAGUUUGAUCAAUUAUUAAAUUGUAAAACAUUUCUUCUUGCUUUCAUUGAAUGUUUGGAAGAACAGAAGUCAUUUACUAUUAGAGAUAAAGUGAAUGUUGCUUCCUUAUUAAUGAUUAUAUUUCUUGAAAGAAUGGAAUAUGCUAAAGAUGUUCUGAAAGAACUAUUGUUGAGGUUAAUUGAUAAAUAUGUUGGAACCAAACACCCACAAUUAAUGUUAAGAAGGACAGAAAGUGUUGUAGAAAAAAUGCUUACAAAUUGGAUGGCUCUUUGUAUGUACAACUAUAUAAAAGAUUAUGCUGGAAGUUCAUUAUUCUUGCUGUUUAGUGCAAUUAAACAUCAAGUUGAGAAGGGUCCAGUUGAUGCAAUUACUCAUGAUGCUCGUUAUUCACUUUCAGAAGAAAGAUUACUAAGAGAACCAAUAGAUUAUGUUACUGUUACUAUACAAGUAAUUCAAGAAGAUCAAGAUGAAAAAGUUCUAUGCAAAGUAAAUGAUUGUGNUAUCUUCGGAAUACCGACCAAUCAUCGGCCAGUUUAUUCAAAUUUUUUAGAAUGGCGGCAUGGUAGAGGAGGACAUCUCAUUUUAGCAGAUGAAGAUUUAACAUCAAAAACUUCUAGUGGAUGGCAGAGAAUAAAUACGUUAAGCCAUUAUGGAAUUAGAGAAUCUGCUAUAAUGGGACUUGUUAACAAUAAAAAAUCAUCCAAAAAGACGGAACUGAAUCUUUCUUCAUGGCAAUGCCCUGUGUGUUGUUUACCUUUGAGGUUUUGGGUAAAUCUUGUAAAAAAUCCUGACUUCAUAUUUGACAUCGAAAAAACACCAACAGUUGAUUCUUGUCUUUCGGUAAUUGCUCAGACGUUUAUGGACUCCUGUUCUACUAGUGAACAUCGCCUGGGCAAGGAUUCACCAUCAAAUAAAUUACUAUUUGCAAGAGAUAUUCCUACUUAUAGAAAAAUGGUGUCAAGGUUUUAUCAAGAUAUUGCUGCUAUGCCAGCUGUAACAGAUCAAGAAAUGUCUGUUGCUUUACAACAAUUGUCAUUGGCUCAUACAGGAGAAGUGGAUACAUUAAAUGCAUUAAAAGAACUGUACAUAUAUAUAACUAGGUAUAGUGAACAGAUUUUAGAAGCCUUAGAUGAUGAUCCAAGCUGUCAAAGAAUACAUCUUGCUCAAAAAUUGGAUAAUGUUGCCUGUAUAUUAAAUGGUGAAGACACAGCAAUAUGCUGAUUUUUACUGUCUGCAUCAGACUCUAUCAUGCAAGUGCUCCAAAUCUAAUCAUGUCUGGAACAGCAUACUUAAGGAUCCAGCAUCACCGUGUCUGGCCGGUCGGGUUUCGGCGAGCUGUGCGUGUUAUUUUAAGUGCCCAAAAAUCUCAUUAAAAUACCACAUCCUGUGGUAGAGUGCCAAGAAGAGAAUACUCUACAAUUCCAUAUACGAACAGGCCAUGCAAAUCCUGCCACUAUCAAUACAGGAGCAUAGUUUCUUUCCUUGCCUGCUUGCUGAUCCUUUGUAUUUAACAGGAAGAGAAACAAUAACAAUCCACAUCUUGAGGUUUCUUACUACAGAAACCAUGUAAUAUAUGUGCAAUGGAUCAAUCAUACAUUCUCUCUUGUGAACGUUUAUUUUCAAUCAUUUUCACAAAAACUGAAUUGUAUAGCAAAGGGUGACUUUAAAAGUAGCACCCUUACAUCUUCAGACUUAAUCAACAUAAUGGCAUUACUUGAUGUGAUGAUGCUGCAACACUAUGCACUGAAACUUUUUCCAAUUGCUUGUGAAUAUCUUUCAUUUUAUCACAAACUAGAUCAUAUUGUCAUACUUCUUGUAUUUAAUGUACUUACAUAAGCAGAAAAUCUUCCUGCUAUAAGCUUCUAAAUAGCCUUGGCUUCUGUGCAAAGGAAUCAUUAUAUAUAUUAAGAUCGUAAUGGUAUUUAUAGACAGUAAUCUUAAAAAAAUUGAUUUGUUUGAAAAUUUAAUAUUUAAGGCAGUUUUUUAAUAGCCUUAAAGAGUUUUUAUACUCAUCACAUUAAGUUCCAGUCAUACGUAAUAUUUCAUGUUAUGUCAUAUUGUUACUUUUAUAAAUUUUCAAAAGUCUUUAUAACUAAAACAAACUUCCAUUUCUAUAAUUCCAGAAUUUUUAAAGUAAUAUUUGGACAAUUAAACAAUUAAAUAAAAAGAAAAUACGUUGGAAUAUCACGGCAAAUCAAAUUUCGGAAUUAACAGUGUUAGUAAAUAGACAGAAAUGUACAUUGUUGUGACAUUAGCAGGAAAUUGUACAGCAAGAGAUCAUUGUUUGCAAGUGUUGGUAUGAUGUGUACAAAAAUUAAAAUUAGGCACUUUUAGGUAUUAUGCAUCAAAAUUGAAUAGCAAAUUUAAAAAUAAGGAACAUUCUUUCCUUUCUUGUAUAAUAAGUAUGAAUUUUUCUAAAUUAUUUAAGUGAUGAAUGAAAAAUAUCACUUAGGAUGAUAAUAUCCAGCCAUAUAGAACCUCAACUGUUUGCACAAAAAACAAAUAAAAUUGGGAGGCCAAAAUUUAAGUUCUAUCUAUGCAGUAUAGCUUGCUGCACUAGCCUCAAUUUUGGCUCUUUACAUACAGGGUGAUCUUAUCUUAUUGAGCCAAUACAAAAUGCUAAAAUAAAAGAAAAUUAAAAAAAAAGAGAGGCAGCACUUCCACUGUCCAUCAAUCACUUAAUUAGUAGAUAGUUGACAAUUGUUGGUAUCCAUAAUUUUUCAGGUGGAAGAUAUGUUGGUUACUGUGCAAAACAUGUCAAUACUGACAAUGUUUGCUGGUAUAUAAAGGUGUGCUUCAUUUCUGGAAGGUCUUGGCAGUAGAGCUGCCAAGGUUGAAGAGUAUUUUUUAUAUGCCGAAUGUUUCUACGUCCUCCAUAACAUGAAAUGAUGCCAAUAAAUUUUAUUGAAGAAACAUUUUAUGACUCUGUCUAGUACUUUUUAAAAUGUGAUUUUUCUUUAAUCAGAAAAAAAUGAAAAUUUAUUGUGACAUACAUCUACA